GCCCCUAUUUAAAAAGGUUUAACUGAGGAACGCUUCCUAAUUGGCCAUGAUAGACCCAAGCUCAAGCGAAGAAGAGGGAGAUGAAGAACCCGUUGUCAACUUACCCAAUAAAGGCCGUAUUGGAGCUACACAUAAAACAGUCACCCCCGUUGCUGGGGCUUCUGCGCCAAGCCAACCGGCCAUAACUUCAACAUCUGGACCAAAUAAUUUCCAGAAUGGUGACUUUCCAGUCAAUCAAAGACCAUCAAGUUUUACUGCUGGCAAUUCUCGCGUUGACGGCACAAAUGGAGGCGGUGGCGGAGGAGGAGUUGGAGGGGGAGCAAUGCAGUCAAAAAAUGAUCAACCCCAACCUGGAAUAGAUGGAAGCAGUCUUGAGGUACCCAAUAAUGGAAUUCCAAGUGGCAUUUCGCAAGAGACUCUUAAUCAAAGUGUUGGUGGAUCAUCGCGUGCGAAUUCUCUACCACGCCCACUUUCUCCAUCCCCAUCAAUUGCCAGCGAUAAGCAUGACCAUGGUGAUCCGCAUGAAAAGCACGAGCGUGAGGAAGAGGAACGUAAGCGACGCAUUCAACUGUAUGUGUUUAUAUCCAGAUGCAUAUCAUACCCGUUUAAUGCAAAACAGCCCACGGAUAUGACGAAAAGGCAACCGAAAAUAACCAAACAGCAAUUAGAGAUAAUCACACAAAGAUUUCAGGCCUUUCUCAAGGGCGAAACACAGAUAAUGGCUGAUGAAGCCUUUCAAAACGCUGUACAAAGUUAUCACGAUGUAUUUUUAAAAUCUGAACGAGUUUUAAAAAUGGUUCAGUCUGGAGCAUGCUCGCAGCACGAUUUCCGGGAAGUUUUUCGCAAUAAUAUAGAAAAACGUGUGAGAUCCCUACCAGAAAUUGAUGGAUUGAGUAAGGAAACGGUGUUGACUUCUUGGAUGGCAAAGUUUGACAUCAUUCUUAAGGGUAGUGGAGAAGAGGAUACCAAACGUCCUUCGCGCAUGCAACAAUCAUUAAAUAGUGAGCUGAUUUUAUCCAAAGAGCAGCUCUAUGAUAUGUUUCAACAGAUUUUAUCUGUCAAAAAAUUCGAGCAUCAAAUUCUGUUUAAUGCCCUAAUGCUUGAUUCUGCUGAUGAACAGGCUGCGGCUAUUAGACGAGAAUUGGAUGGACGUAUGCAGCGUGUUGGAGAAAUGGAGAGGAAUCGAAAGCUGAUGCCAAAGUUCGUACUUAAGGAAAUGGAGUCUUUAUACAUUGAGGAACUAAAAUCAUCUAUUAAUCUAUUGAUGGCUAAUCUGGAAUCUCUUCCCGUAUCAAAAGGAAAUAUGGACAGUAAAUAUGGUCUUCAAAAAUUGAAACGUUAUAACCACAGCACACCAUCAUUUUUAAAAAUGAUUUUGCGGUCUCAUGGAUCCCUAUCGAAGCUAGAAGGUGACUCAGAAGAUGGUUCUACACAGUUAACCAAAUUGGAUGUUGUUCUCACAUUUCAAUUGGAAGUCAUUGUAAUGGAAGUGAAAGGCCUAAAGUCUUUAGCGCCAAAUCGGAUUGUCUACUGUACAAUGGAGGUGGAAAAUGGGGAAAAACUGCAAACUGAUCAAGCCGAGGCCUCGAAACCAAUGUGGGAUACUCAGGGCGAUUUCACUACUACUCAUCCAUUGCCUGUCGUAAAAGUGAAGCUGUAUACAGAAAACCCUGGAAUGCUCGCACUAGAGGAUAAGGAGUUAGGAAAGGUCAUCAUAAAGCCUACACCCCUUUCUUCCAAAUCACCUGAAUGGCAUCGUAUGAUCGUGCCCAAAAACUUACCCGACCAGGAUGUACGGAUAAAGAUAGCAUGCAGGCUUGACAAACCGUUAAAUAUGAAACACUGUGGACAUCUGUUUGCAAUUGGAAAAUCGGUGUGGAAAAAGUGGAAACGCCGAUAUUUUGUUUUAGUUCAGGUGUCUCAAUAUACAUUCGCAAUGUGUAGCUAUAAGGAAAAGAAAUCGGAACCGUCCGAAAUGAUGCAGCUAGAUGGAUAUACAGUUGAUUACAUCGAAGCAGCCAGUGCAAAUCUGAUGUUCGGAAUCGAUUUGAAUGGUGGCCGAUUUUUCUUUAAUGCGGUGCGAGAAGGCGACAGCAUUGCUUUUGCAUGUGACGAUGAAAACGAAUGCAGCCUCUGGGUUAUGGCUAUGUAUAGAGCAACUGGUCAAUCUCACAAACCCACUCCACCGAUAACUCAGGACAAAAACUCGGCAAUGUCUAAGAUUCAAGGGGAUGCGGAUAAAGCACGGAAGCAUGGAAUGGAGGAUUAUAUAAGUGCGGAUCCAUGUACAUUUGAUCAUGCAAGCUUAUUUAAAAUAUUACAAAAUCUAACACUUGAAUACCGGUUAAGUGAUCCUUAUGCGUCUUUGGGAUGGUUUAGUCCAGGACAGGUCUUUGUUUUGGACGAAUACUGCGCUCGAUAUGGUGUUCGAGGCUGCUAUCGACAUUUGUGCUAUCUUUCAGAUCUAUUGGAUCGUGCUGAAAAUCAGCACAUGAUUGAUCCCACAUUGAUCCAUUAUUCUUUUGCAUUCUGCGCAAGCCAUGUGCACGGCAAUAGGCCGGAUGGUGUGGGCAGUAUAACACAUGAGGAAAAAGAGAAGUUUUCGGAAAUAAAGGAACGUUUACGUCAGCUACUCGAGUAUCAAAUAACAAAUUUCAGAUAUUGUUUUCCAUUCGGUCGGCCAGAAGGGUCAUUGAAAGCAACGCUAUCGUUACUCGAAAGAGUUCUAAUGAAGGAUAUCGUUACCCCAGUACCCCCCGAAGAAGUCCGACAAAUGAUUAAAAAAAGCUUGGAGACUGCUGCACUUAUUAACUACACAAGGCUAUCAGCUGAAGCUAAGAUCGAAGAGGAUUUACGUGGUGAAGUGAUUGUACCACCACCUAAAAAACUUGAGGACUUGAUACAUUUGUCCGAGCUUUGCGUUGAUCUACUACAGCAGAAUGAGGAGCAUUAUGGCGAAGUAAUUUCAUGGUUCUCAGGGGAUCCCCUAGUCGAGCAUUUCUAGUAUUUCUGGUUAAAUCUUUGCCUUCAUACGGACAGACAGACAUUCAGGCUAACAUAGAUAACACAAAAAUAUUGCUUGACUUUUAAAUUUUCAGAUAAUUUGCGAAAUGGAAGAUUUCAUCAGCACCUGCGUGACACGUUUGCUCCAUUGGUGGUGAGAUAUGUAGAUCUCAUGGAAUCCUCGAUAGCUCAAUCGAUACACAAGGGCUUCGAGAAAGAACGCUGGGAAAGCAAAGGGAUUAACGCCGCCUUGAAUCCAGCUGCAUUAAAUAAUGCCGCCCAGGCUUUAAACACGGCUGCUCUUAAUCCUGCGGCCCUGCUGAGCGGCAAGAAAGAUCAAAUCAAUUUUUAUGUACCGAAGCUACCGAAAUGCACAGCUGCUGCGGCUGCAGCGGGUGGUGUUGACGAAACGAGAAAUGGUUGUGCAACAUCGGAAGAUUUAUUCUGGAAAUUGGACGCAUUGCAAUCUUUUAUUAGAGAUCUGCAUUGGCCAGACGCCGAGUUCCGACAGCAUUUGGAGCAGCGACUUAAGAUGAUGGCCGUGGAUAUGAUUGAACAGUGUAUACAGCGAACGGAUUCGUCGUUUCAGUCGUGGUUAAAGAAAAAUAUUGCCUUUAUAUCGACCGAUUAUAUAAUACCUGCAGAGAUGUGCGCUAUGGUAAAUGUGAUAUUAGAUGCUAAAAAUCAAAGCUUUAAAUUAACUACAAUUGACGGUAUCGAUCUGUACAAAUUCCAUGCAAGAAUCGAUGAACAAAUCGACAAAGCGAAUGUAGCCAUGACACAAGGUUUAAGUGGAAAACUUAUGUCAGUGCUGGAGUCGACUUUGUCGAAGUUAGGGCGUUACGAUGAGGGCAGUCUCAUUGGAUCAAUUCUUAGUUUUACCAAUGUCUCGAGCUCUGGCAAGGAUCUCGGACAAGGAUAUGUGAAUUUUUUUCGAAAUAAUAUGGAUCAAAUACGUGGUAAAAUCGGCGAUGACCUAUGGACAUUAAACUUCUUUGAGGAAUGGUAUUAUCAGCAAGUAAAUAUGCUCUCCACUUGGUUAUCAGAACGUAUGGAUCAUUCCUUACACUAUGCCCAGGUCACGUCUAUCUCUCAUAUUAUUAAGAAAAUUUAUUCGGACUUUGAAUUACAAGGUGUUCUUGAGGACAAGUUAAAUUCAAAAGCAUAUCAGUCAGUUAUACAACGUAUGACUGCCGAAGAGGCAACCUGUGCGCUGACUAUGCCUGAUGUUGCCGAUGGAGAGCUAAAUUGUGACGAUAUGCGUAAUGGUGAUGAAGAGGACGGCAGCGAGGGUGGAGAGUCAGGUGCCCAUUCAUCGCGCAGCAUGCCAAAGCCAAAGAUUGGAGCCGCUCAAGCAGCGGCCGUUACCAACGUGGUAGCUGGCCGUGUUGGAAAUCUCUUAGGUAAAGGCAUUGGCGGACUUAGCUCAAAGCUAGGAAGUGGUGGCUGGUUUUGAAUGCUCUGGAUAUAUAGUUCCAUAUAUAUUUUUUCUCGUCCAGCUUCUGAUGGUAGCUUUGUAGCUUUGCUAAGAGCCAAGUCCACAGUUGCAUUAUUCAAUUUAUUUUGUUUGACAUCGGAAAAUAAUGGAUUCGAUAAAUAUAAGUCUAUUCAAUAAUAUCAGUGGAUA